CCUCUCCGGUGAGCUUCUCUCUGCGUGUCGGCGGCUCUCAGUCAUCAGAGCCUCACGGAGCUGCAGCUGCUCGGUCCGAUCGCCGCUUCUCGGGGAAGUUUACCGACAAAAAGAGUCCACAGAAAGUCAAACGGUUCUCUCAGCCAGGUUUGCUCGUCGCUUCCAGCCCCGGAGGACCGACCGGAGCGGACAGACCGGGACCGUGUCGGCUGAACUCGGCCGUGUAGCGGUGCGAGCUGGAGGAGACUUUAACGCACAUUUUCUUGUCGUUUGUGGAAGCGGAGAAACCACUGUGCUCUCAGAGAUGCUUUGAGUGAAGAGAGCAAAGAGAGAAUACAGCGCUGCCACUUGUUUUCUUGCUGCCGCUGCUCACAAUCAACACAUUCAGCAGGAGGCCCAAGAAUUUAUUGAGGAUUUAACUUUGUUAUAAAACUCUUUAAAGUUGAAUCUCUCAGGAGGCUGAGCUUUCACUUCACAGACUUACAUGGUUUACCUCAGAGAUGCUCAGCUGUGAGAGGAAUCUUUCCUUGCAGGAUUUCAUUGGUGAGAAUUGUGAACUUAGACAAACAAGGGGACAGGCGACGCUCGGCUGAUGUUUUUGGAUGUCGUUCACCUUCGAGGCCUUUCUCCUGCCAGGACGACAUCUCAGAUAGCAGACAAUGUCGGCCGAUAACAGCCCGCCGCCCCCGCCGGCCUCGCCCAGGUCUUUCCCCGCCCUCUCUCAACAUGUGGCCCCACCCACACCGUCGCCAUCACCCAGCCCGCCCGCCACCAUCUGCAGCCGGCUGUCCAACGGCAGCCAGACGGCCCCCAGCCCCACCAACUCAAGGGGUUCCAUCCAUGGCGUCUCCUUCCUGCUUCAGAUCGGGCUCACCAGGGAGACGGUCACCCUCGACCCCGGAGAGCUUUCGCUGUCUGCUGUCAGGGAGCUUGUCUGUUCCAUCGUAGAUCAGAAGUUUCCUGAAUGCGGAUUUUUCGGAAUGUACGACAAGAUCCUGCUCUUCCGUCAUGACCUGAGCUCGGACAACAUCCUGCAGCGUCUGACCUCAGCGGAGGAGAUCCACGAGGGUGACCUGGUCGAGGUGGUGCUCUCUGCUCUUGCCACAGAGGAGGACUUUCAGAUCCGGCCUCACACACUGUACGUCCACUCAUACAAGGCCCCGGCCUUCUGUGACGACUGUGGGGAGAUGCUGUGGGGGCUCGUCAGACAGGGCCUCAAAUGUGAAGGAUGUGGACUCAACUACCACAAACGGUGUGCGUUCAAGAUCCCCAACAACUGCAGUGGGGUGAAGAAGAGACGGCUGUCCAACGUCUCUCUGCCGGGCGCCAUCAUGUCUGUCGCUCGUCCACCUUCCACUGAGUUCACCCCGAUGCCUCAGGAGGAGCGUCCCCUCCUGGGUGCUGCGAAGCGUAACUCCCUGCUGAGCGGCCGUCCCAUCUGGAUGGAGAAGAUGGUUCUGGGUCGGGUCAAAGUUCCUCAUACCUUCUCCGUCCACACCUACACUCGUCCCACCAUCUGCCAGUUCUGCAAACGCCUGCUAAAGGGCCUCUUCCGCCAGGGGCUGCAGUGCAAAGAUUGUAAAUUCAACUGCCAUAAGAGAUGUGCAGCCAAAGUACCUCGAGACUGCCUCGGAGAGGUCGACUUUAAUGGAGAGCCAGCCAGUCCCAGUCUGGACUCGGAGGCGACGAUGGAGGUGGACAACUGUGACGUCAACAGCGAUGGAGGUCACAGCAUGGACGAGCAGGACGAGUCGUCCACCCCCGAAGAGAAAAUGUUCUUCAUCGAGGGUUCCUGCACAGACGGCGACAAAGAUGACGAGACGGUCAGAGCAAUCAGCCCGUCAACCAGCAGUAACAUCCCUCUGAUGCGCGUGGUUCAGUCAAUCAAACACACCAAGAGGAAAAGCUCUACUGUGGUUAAAGAAGGCUGGAUGGUGCACUACACCAGCCGAGACAACCUGAGGAAGAGACAUUACUGGAGGCUGGACAGCAAGAGUCUGACUCUGUUUCAGAAUGAAAGUGGAGCCAAGUAUUACAAGGAGAUCCCCCUUUCCGAGAUCCUGCAGGUGGAACCGGCACAGGACUUCAGCAGCCUGCCUCAGGGCAGUAACCCGCACUGCUUCGAGGUCAUCACAGCCAGCAUGGUGUACUACGUUGGUGAGGACAAUGGCGGGCUCUACCACAACCCUGUCUUGGCAGCAUCCGGUGUGGGGCGGGACGUGGGCCACAGCUGGGAGAAGGCCAUCCGACAGGCGAUGAUGCCCGUUACACCCAAAGCCAGCGUCGGCGCAGGGCCAGGCCAACUGAAGGACCACAAGGAACUUUCUAUCAGCAUAUCAGUGUCCAACUCCCAGAUUCAAGAAAACGUGGAUAUCAGUUCAGUGUAUCAGAUCUUUGCUGACGAGGUUCUUGGCUCAGGACAGUUUGGGAUCGUCUACGGAGGCAAGCACAGAAAGUCCGGCAGAGAUGUUGCAAUCAAAAUCAUCGACAAAAUGAGGUUUCCUACUAAGCAGGAGAGCCAGCUGAGGAACGAGGUGGCCAUUCUCCAGAACCUCCACCACCCGGGGAUCGUUAACCUGGAGUGCAUGUUCGAGACGCCCGAGCAGGUGUUCGUCGUCAUGGAGAAACUUCACGGCGACAUGCUGGAGAUGAUUUUAUCCAGCGAGAAGAGUCGACUACCUGAACGCCUCACCAAGUUCCUGGUUACACAGAUCCUGGUUGCCCUCCGACAUCUUCACUUCAAGAACAUUGUCCACUGUGACCUGAAGCCUGAGAACGUCCUCCUGGCCUCAGCAGAGCCAUUUCCUCAGGUGAAGCUCUGUGACUUCGGCUUCGCUCGCAUCAUCGGGGAGAAGUCGUUCCGUCGCUCGGUGGUCGGCACUCCCGCCUACUUGGCGCCCGAAGUGCUCCGCAGCAAAGGCUACAACCGAUCUUUGGACAUGUGGUCGGUGGGCGUCAUCGUCUACGUCAGUCUGAGCGGGACGUUUCCCUUCAACGAGGACGAGGACAUCAACGACCAGAUCCAGAACGCCGCCUUCAUGUACCCGCCCAACCCCUGGAAGGAGAUCUCAGAGGAGGCCAAAGACCUGAUUAAUAACCUGCUGCAGGUGAAGAUGAGGAAGCGCUACAGUGUGGACAAGUCGCUGAGCCACCCCUGGCUGCAGGACUACCACACCUGGUUGGACCUCAGGGAGUUUGAGACGCGGCGAGGUGAGCGUUACAUCACCCACGAGAGCGAUGACGCCCACUGGGAGGAAUACGCCGACGAGAACGGCCUGCACUUCCCCAAACAUUUCAUCAUGUCGCCCAACCUGGACGACAUGGACGAAGACCCCUAGAGGCCCGGCACGGUCGACGUUCCCGACAAGGGAGCCGCAGAAUCAGGGAAACUGUCCAUGGAAACUGUCGCCAUGGAGACUGCGAGCUUUCCCCGUGAUGUCGCAGCAUAACGCGCAUUCCUAGAGAACGAGGACGUGUUGGUCAGGCAGCUGUGUGAGGACACUGUAGCAAUAAUUCAGGGCCAGAAACAUUUCAUUUUUCACACAUUUGACUUUUUUUCCCAUUUUUUCUACAAGCCAUAAACAAACAGACCUUGUGAGUCGAAAGCUAGACGUUUUCUCCCCCACAAAUCAACAUUCAAGUCUUUCAAUCGGCACUGCCAGUCAAGCUGUUGAAGGCCUAGUUGAAAACCAAUCCAGAGACUUUAUACAGUUUUUCAGCUAAAAUGGCAGAUUUUUAGCAGGUCGUUUUUACAUUUUAGAAGCUGAGUAGAGGAGACGUUAAAGUCGUGACACACAAGAAACCAACAUGUCCAGACUCUGUUCUUUUGUUCGUUAUUGGGAUGUCUUUGCACUAUUGGGAAACUCUUUACAGUAAAUUUCACUGACGAUAACUUUUGGUUUGUUUAUCUGUAAAAGCAUGUGAAAGUUUUUUUUGUAAAUGAGAACUGAGGAAGAACAAACAGCUACAUUACUGCUGCCAUUAGGCUGAAUUUUCUCAUCACAAAUCAGAAAUGUGAAGUCAAAAAGGUUUAUCUGCUGUACUGUACAUUGGCUGAUGUCUUAAUUACGUCUGUCCAAAAAAUGAGAGACGAAAUGAAAUAUAAUUUAUUUCUUAUUCUAUCACAUUUACAGCUGGCUGUAUGUAACAAUUAUUCCUGGUGAUAAAAUGCAACCAUUUAAUGCAAAAAAUUUAAUUUCAUUCAAAUGAGAAGAGAAAAUUAAGGAAUUGAUCACUUAAUUUUUGUUGGUGUUGGUUGAUUAAUCUUAAAUGCAAAGAAAAUUAAUCAAUAACUAUCUUGCUAAUUAAUAAAUAAAACAAUAUAAAAAGAACUUACUUAAUAUUUGCUGGUUUUAGCAACAAUAAUGAAAGAUUUUUGUCAUAUAUGAUAGUAAAUAGCAUCUUUCAGUUCUGGACUAAUGAACAGACAAAUGCAAAAACAUACAUUUAGGAAUUAAUAUUCGGAUUUCUAAAAUAUCCUAUAAGGCCUUUUUGUUAUUAUUAUUAUUAUUAUUAUUAUUAUUAUUAAAAAGGAAGCCAAACUCUGACAUAUUCAGCUUCAUCUUUAAUCUUUGAACUAAGGGCUGAGGUUACAGAUGAGAAUAUUUUCAGCUAAUGUUGCUAUGCUAACAUACUAAAUAUCAAAAUCUUAAUGGCCAUUUCCAAUAUUUUUUUCCAGGGUCAUUUUUUCUUGAAAUAACAUUUACUUUGCACUAAUAGAGAUUCAGAAAAGGUUAUAAUUUUUACAUGCUGACUUUAACUUGCUUAAAUGUCAGUAAGUUACAGGCAAUGAAGAGUAUCGUCAAUGUGGACCUUCUGUUUAUGUGCUAUCAGUUAUGCUAACUCUGCUCUAGCUUCUUUCAUUGUAGACAUUCGGCAAAUAAAAAACACUGGUAAAGAAAACAUUAUCAGGUCAAGCUGUGCAAGCUUUUUAGUGUCUUAACAAACUUAAGUUUUACUCACAGAAAUUUUAAAAUAUGUCCACAAAUCCAACAAAUUAAAACAGCAUGGCUUUUUAGAUGAGGUUCUCCAGCUAACUGCAUACUAAAUUUCUGACAGCUUUCUAAAUUAGCAUGCUAUAAUCCUUAGUGUCAGUCUUUACUGGCUAACAUAAUAUAAUAUUUCACAUUUUAGCUUGUUAGCAAAUUAAUAAUACCUUGUGGGAAGAUGGAGUUAGCGUAUAACAUUUAGCAGGGCAAAAUUUUACCUUGCUAACAUCUAGUGUUUUAAGGUAACAUGCUAACUUUUGCAUGUUAGCGUUACUUAUAUUCUGUUCUCGAGAAUGUUCUUGCUCUAUUUUAAAAACUCAGGGUUGUUUUUGUACUCUAUACCCCCCAAAAAGCUCAGUUUAAAAGCAGACAGCAGGCUGCCGCAUACUAUCUGUUGUUAUUUGACAAAAACUCAAUACUUUUGCAGAAAAACAACCAGUUAUUGUCAGAACUCUGGAUGAAAACGAGCUGAGAAUCGAGCUGCUACUGUCUCUUUGUCUUUCUGAACUCUAAAAUGUCGUCGAUCCUAAACUGACUCCAGCCUGAGAAUUUAUUUCACAUUUUAUAUUUUUGCAAGCAAUGUUUUGUCAUGUAGAUGAUUUUGAGGGGAAAAUAUUAAAGCUAAAUGGCAAACUUUGGGAACCUCAA